AUGCAGGAAGUCCUACGGGUCUACUGGGGCUACGCUUUCAGCGAGGAGAGCAUCCGGGGACCGAUUCAGGAGUGCAUGCAGAAUCUUGUUGCGGCCAUGGCUGCCCAGACAGACCCAACCUCCGGGCCCGUGGAGAUGCAGAGGCUAGUGGAUGCUGUGGGCGUGGCAGUGGUGUCCUCGAACUCCUGGUGCGAAUCUUCAAGACCGGGAGGCACACUUACCUUGCAGAAGCAAUGCUUCAAAGCCCUCGAGCAGGCUGUGGACUGUUUCAAUGUCAAGGGCGACGGGGCUCCGACCGAGGCCGCAGUUUCGGCUUUGUGCGUGUCGGAGUUGUGCCAAAAAGCAUUGAAUUCUCUCCCGGAGCUCGCAAACUUGCCCGAAUACCGGACUUGGAAGCAGACGGUUGCCGGCUGGGCCGAGAAGCUGAAGCCGCUCGUUUCCGAGGAGGUGGUGAACCAGAAGCGCAAGAAGCUCGUGGAGGUCUUGAGACAGGAGAAGUGUGAGGAUCCUGGCUUUCUCAGCACAUCCUUGUCCGAGGCUUGCCGUACCUGCCGGGGUAUUCUUUUGCAAGAUGAAGAUUUCGCUGAUGGCACCGCUGCCUUCGCAACAGUUGAGCACUUGUUGACGGCCGCCGCGGGUGCCGAGCCUGCAGACAUGUUGAAGUUUGCACGACCUUGUGAAAGCUUGGCCGCUCAUUUGCCCGAGAAGAACGACGAGACAGCCAUGAGUGCAUUGGCGAACAUUUUCAUCAAUGCGGCGAACCUACGUGUGGCGUCGACAGAGUUUGAGAAGCUCGGCAAGGACACUGCGGCCAAAAUCGUUCACGACGGCUACAAGCUUGUGGAGCAGAAGAUCAUUGCGGCCAACCUUCGUGCAGAGCAGUGUUUGUCCGACUUCGCCUCCGAGUCCAAGUCCGACGCCAUUUUUCAGGGACGUGCAGCGUCGCUGAGAGACGUGGCGAUGCGGGGCAUCAAUAACUUGAAAGCCUUGCAUGAAAGCGUGGCAAGCGGCAUCGGGGAAUGCAAACAGGUGCUCUUGAAGAAUGCGGAGACCACGCUUCAGGAGAACCUCCUUCAGCUUGAGAAGUUUGCGUAUGGCUGCUCGGAUGGCAAAAAGUGGAAGAAUGUCUUCCUGUCCGGUGAGGCGGAGCAGGCCGAGGGCGAGGAGGGUGCUUCAAAUGUGAUUGAAGCAGCAAAGCGGUGGGUGCAAGAGGUCUUCACCAAGGAUGUGGAGCCCCAGAUCGCCAACUUGUUCAAACCGGCCAAAGCCGCGUACCAGGCUAUGCUGGCGGUCCUGGAGCGCUACAGUGUGUCCCAAGAGGAGUGGCCAAAGAAUGUGGCCCAUGCCAGGCUGAUCUUGGCAAGCUCUAUGGCAACCUCCGGCGAGGCGCUCCUUGUCAGAGCCAUCAUGGACCAAAAUUAUGUGCAGGAGACCAGCAGCCAGCUGAAACGCUUGGCCAACAACAAGUUCGCCGUGGAGCUUGAUUACAAGCGUUUGCUUCAUCCGAAGAUUGUGGCAAAGGCCACGGAGUUGUCGCGGCAGUGA